GGAACUCAAAACUAUGAGAUGGAAACUGAGGCCAGGACAGGAUAAAUGAUCUCCCAGUCCUAAGGCCAGAAAAUGAUGGUAUCCAGACUUGGACCAAGGCUGACUCUAGAGCCAUCCUAUUAACUAGGUGCGAUGGCAGAGAAGGUGCUGGUAACAGGUGGGGCAGGCUACAUUGGCAGCCAUACAGUGCUGGAGCUGCUGGAGGCUGGCUACACACCCGUGGUCAUUGACAACUUCCAUAAUGCUAUACGUGGAGAGGGCUCCAUGCCUGAGAGCCUGCGGCGGGUUCAGGAACUAACAGGCCGCUCUGUGGAGUUUGAGGAGAUGGACAUCUUGGACCAGGCAGCCCUACAGUGUCUCUUCAAGAAGCACAGCUUUAUGGCGGUCAUCCACUUUGCGGGGCUCAAGGCUGUAGGCGAGUCAAUACAGAAGCCUCUGGACUAUUACAGAGUUAACCUGACAGGAACCACCCAGCUUCUGGAGAUCAUGAGGGUGCACGGGGUGAAGAACCUGGUGUUCAGCAGCUCAGCCACUGUGUAUGGGAAACCUCAGUACCUGCCCCUGGAUGAGUCCCACCCCACAGGCAGCUGUACCAAUCCCUAUGGAAAGUCCAAGUUUUUCAUCGAGGAAAUGAUCCAGGACCUGUGCCAGGCAGACAAGACCUGGAACGCGGUGUUGCUGCGGUACUUCAACCCCAUUGGCGCCCAUGCCUCGGGCCACAUCGGCGAAGACCCCCAGGGCAUCCCCAACAACCUCAUGCCCUAUGUCUCCCAGGUGGCGAUCGGGCGACGAGAGGCACUGAACGUCUUUGGCAACGACUAUGACACAGAGGAUGGCACAGGCAUCCGGGAUUAUAUCCAUGUCGUGGACCUGGCCAAGGGCCACAUUGCAGCCUUGAGGAAGCUGAAGGAGCAGUGUGGCUGCCGGAUCUACAACCUGGGCACAGGCACGGGCUAUUCGGUGCUGCAAAUGGUCCAGGCCAUGGAGAAGGCCUCAGGGAAGAAGAUACCAUACAAGGUGGUGGCACGGCGGGAAGGUGAUGUGGCUGCCUGUUAUGCCAACCCCAGCCUGGCCCUCGAGGAGCUGGGCUGGACUGCAGCCUUAGGGCUCGACAGGAUGUGUGAAGAUCUGUGGCGCUGGCAGAAGCAGAAUCCUUCGGGCUUCAGCUCCCAGGCUUGAAGCCUCCCCUGCUGUGGGCCAGGAAAGGGAAAGAGGACCGCCUGCUCUCCAGCCUCUGUCAGGCCUCAGCGGCUCCCCGACCUCAAACCCCAGCUGGCCCCACUCAGCGUGAGGCCAAGGGCCCCAGUGAGCGAGAGGCGCGGGUCUCUAACUCUUCUCUUCCCAGGGCUCUGGGAGCCCACGAGGACCACCAGGAGUGAGCAGGGGAGGCAGGGCUCCGAGACAAAACACCCUCCUCCCAGGCACUAAUUUAUACUGCGAUGAAGGAGCUUCUCUAAGUAUUUAAAAUAAAAGUUUUCUUACACCA